GUAGCUUACUAGCAACCACUUUCAACAUUUCUGCAAAGCUAGAGAAGGGUUCCCAGUGCCAAUUCCGACACUGUGAAGAGGCCCUUGGCAGUGACACUGUGUGCUCAUUAUGGAGAGAGAGGAAAUGUUUGGAUCCACUCUGCAGAUUUAGACACAUGGAAAUGCAGCAAAACUGCAGCAUUUCAUGCUUCUGGGAAACUCAACCUCUUGGUUGUGUGAAAAUCAGUUGUAUCUUUUAUCAUAGCAAACCUCGAAAUAUCAAUGGAUUAUUUUUGCCACCAAGUAGCAAUAUCACACGACAGAAAGAAAAUCAGGAAGGAAUUCCACCACCGACCCAGAGUCAGGAACCUCUGAAACCUCAGGAAAAUAUAUCACGACCCAUUCACCAUCCUUUAGUUUUAAAAACUAACUUUGAGGAAGAAGAGGAGGAAGUAGAUGAACAAAAUGAUGCUUCUGGUUUAUGGACAAAGACUCCUGAAGAAAUUGAAGAAAAAAGAGCAAUAAAGGAGAUGUGUUAUAAAUCUGGUGAAUACUACAGAUUUCAUACUCCUCCAGAUAUUUCAUCAUCAAAAAGCGUAGCUCCUACAGCAGAAAAAGAGUUAGAAAAGCCUUUGGAAAAUGGCAGUGAAUUGCAAGAAGGGGAUGGUCUUACCGUCCCAACAAAAUAUAGCCUUGAAAGGCAAGGUGAGAUAAAAACAUCAUUGGAUAGGAAACCAAGGACUGACAUUGCUGAAAAUGGAGGAGGUGACUGUUACGUCCCACAGAGAAUCGUAUUCAUUGAAGUAGAUGAAAAUGAAGCUUUAAGUGAAGAGAAAGAAAGCACCAUGUCAAAAUGUUCAAAUACUAAAGAUAACAAGGACAGUCCUCAUCUAAAGCAUUUCCCAACUACCCGACUGGUACCUACAGCACAUGUAUUAAAUGCUACUGAGGAUAUCAGUAUGAAGUGCAGAGAGGACCCCUCUUCAAUGAAUGAUGUCCAGCCAGUGAGGAAGCCUCAUUUUAAAGGUGUGAAGAAAAGGAAAUGGAUUUAUGAUGAACCAAAGAACUUUCCUGGCCCUGGAAUGCGGAGAGCAGUACAGACUUCAAACUCCAAAAAUAAAAUGAGUUAUUAUCGCAAUAAUAAAAACCGAAAUGCUGAGAAUGCAUCCUAUAUCCAUGUUCAGAGGGAAACUGUCAGGACUGUCUCGUUGAGUGCACCUCCCCGCAGCAGGCCAGUGAAUGGGACCUACAAUAAAGUUGAUGUUAACAAGGAACCCAAACUCAACCUCUAUUCAGACAAAUAUCCGCCAACAUCAUAUAAUGGCUCAGCCUGGCGAAAAAGAAUUCCUUUCUCAAAAACAUAUUCGAAAACUGAAAAGAUAUAUACAGAGCCAAGAAGAAAUGGGAGCAAGUAAACCUGGAGGUUGAGAGAAGAGAAAAAUGAGAAAAGAGAAAAGUGCCAGACAUCAUUUGAUUUACAAUCAAAAAUGAAAAUUCAAAGAAUGAGAUACUCAAGUACUCCAUACUAUAUACUGGAUAGCCAACGAUGAUAAAAAUGCAAAUUCUGAAAAUAAGAUGCAGGAAGUACAUUGUGCUCUUUCAAAACUGAUAAAAAUGCAAAUUACAAACAGCUGCCUGUGUAUUUAGUAGGUUUGAAAUUCAUUCCAUGCAUUACCGCAAACAUUUAAUAAAAUUUAAAGGUU